AUGAUUGUUCUUUGGCUACUUUUACAGAUGCUUGUUUCAUGUUGGGCACAACAUCAAUAUUCAUCCGGUAUAUGGGGAGGUCCAUCAAUCGACUUGAGUGAUAUUGAAGAAUUAGAUAAAAUCAACUAUGUCAAUAACAACAACAUGAAUGAAAAUGAUCUACUUGAACAAUUUCUUCCGAUAAUAUAUAAACCAAGAAGAAAUUUUCGUAAAAUUUCUCGUGUUGGUAUUGAACAACGAAAGAAAAAAUUUCUAUCUGAAUUGGAAAAUUCACCAGAUGGACAUAAUUUACAAGGUCUUUGGGCGAUGCCUGGACGACGUUAA